AUGGCUCGAAUCCCGCUAGAGUUAUCCGAUUCCAGUGGCUAUGAUGUAUCAGACUCGAUCAUGGAAUAUGGUAAACAAUUGCGAUUUCCCAAAACUCAAAAUCGUUAUCGAUUAUUAGUUGAUCAAUUACCAAAUGGAAUGAAAAAGUUGCACAUCAAAGGUACGGAUGCUCUAUCAAUUCCCACAGAACUCUAUGAAAUAACCGAUUUGGAUAUACUCGACAUGACUCCCGAGUCGAAAUCGGGCAUGAUGUACACAUUGACACGUGUUCCGAGCAAUCUCAGUGUUCUGAUCAAUCUGAAGUAUUUGCAUUUAGACAACAAUGAUAUUGUCACUAUUCCCAGUGAAAUCAGUCAACUGACAUACUUAGAAGUGUUCACUGCAAGUAAUAAUCACAUCAAAACAUUACCGGAUUCCAUGAGACAACUACAACGGUUACAAUCGUGUCAUCUAGCAAAUAAUAACAUUGAAGAAAUGCCAUUGUGUUUAUGUUAUUUAUCAAAAAACUUAUUAUUUCUUGAUUUAUCUCAUAAUUAUAUACGAGAAUUACCGUCAAGUAUUUAUCAUUUGAAAGAAUUACGCACAUUUUUAUUGCUAGGAAAUCAAUUGAAAAGUCUGCCAGAUUCAUUGUGUCAACUAUCGAAAUUGGAGACAUUGUGGUUAGGCGAUAAUAAACUAAAAGAACUACCGAAGAAUAUCACUCAGUUGAAAAAUCUUGAUUGGUAUCAUCAAUGGGAAUUAUCAUCAAACUUCGAAGGCAAUCCAUUGGAACGACCGCCGAUAUUCAUUUGUCGAGAAGGCAUGGAAGCGAUCGAGAAUUAUUUCAAAAAAUAA